AUGAGGUCUAUAUAUGCAUCUGCUUCUUUGCCUAUUUUGAUGUUCAGGGAUUUCAAUGAGAGGGAUGUAAUUCGGGGAGAAAGACAGAUUGAUGUUUUUAGGGAAGCUAUAGAUUACUGCGAAUGUAGAGACUUGGGGUUUAGAGGCAAUGUUUAUACUUGGCAAAGAGGCACAUCGAUUAAAACGUCAGUUUGUGAACGGUUAGAUCGAUUCAUUGCGAGUAAUGGGUGGUGUUCUCUCUUCCCGGAUUUUGAGGUGUUACAUCUACCAUCACGUCAUUCUGAUCAUGUCCCAAUUUUGCUAAAAUGUGGAGAGAGUGAAGUAAGAAGAGCAAAUGAAAAAAAUUUCAGAUUUAAAGCUUUGUGGUUGUCGAAAGAGGAAUGUGGCCAGGUUGUAUCAAAGGCUUGGAGGGAUGAUGAAUGUGCUCCAAUCCAUGAGCAGAUCACUAGGGUGGCACAGUGGUUAUCUACUUGGGCAUCUAGCACUUUUGGUGUGUUAAAAAAGAAAAUUAGAAAGGCAGAGGGAUGA